AUAAAACCCUACCCAAAAUUUCUGCGUGCUCUGGUCCUUUGCCGCCUAUGGCAAGGAGCGAGCACGAAAAUGGCAGUUUCCAAUGGAUGCAUUGAAUUGAAGUGCCCUUCCAAAAAAUGGCGCCCUAAUUGCGCGCGAUCAAAUUCCAACCUGCACCAAAGGGCGCCUAAUUUCCCCGCUCAAAAUGCCCUUUCGGCCCCGACACUUCUCAUUGCGCGCUGCCUCUUCGCCUUCCCCAGCCUUCGGGUUCCGUUCCUCCCGGCGGCCAAUUUGAGACCUGCUUGACGGCCGUCCCAGGUCCCCUCCGGGGAAGCCAUUGAUUCUGCUCUGAUAUUGUGCUCCUCGGAAGGUGAUCGGAAACGAGCUAUCUCUAUCGCUCCGUCCUUGUGCUCGGUCGUCUUCGGGUCAGAUUCCAGAUUCGUAGCAAGUCAACAACUUAGUAUGGCGAGAAAUCCUGGAGGUUCGAAUUCUACAGGAAUGACAAGGAGUGGCAAACGAAGGUCAUCAAAAAGGAAAGUAACUGAUAAUGCUGAAUCUGCUACUGCAGUGGAGUGUGGAAAACAUAGUAGCAAUCUUGAAAAUGAUAACGAAAUAGAUGCUUGCAAGAGGCCAAGGCGAGCUGCAGCAUGCUCAAACUUUAAAGAGAGAAGUGUCAGAAUAUCUGACAAAUCCUCAGUUCUUGAAACAAAGAAAAUACAAGUGGAGGAGAAUGAGGAAGUGGCUGUUGAACUGACUAGACUUGGUGCAGAAGAUCUCCCCCCAUGUAGAAAGCUUGUUGAUUUCACCAUUCAUGAUGCUGAUGGAAAUGCACAGCCAUUUGAAAUGUCAGAAAUAGAUGAUUGUUUCAUCACUGCACUUGUUCUGCCUUCGGAUGACAAUCUGGGAAAAGAGAGAGACAGGGGAAUAAAAUGUGAAGGAUUUGGCCGGAUAGAGUGUUGGUCAAUUUCAGGUUAUGAUGAAGGUUCACCAGUUAUUUGGGUCUCAACAGAAAUUGCAGACUAUGAGUGUGCAAAACCAGCAGGCAGUUACAAGAAGUUUUAUGACCUUUUUUAUGAGAAGGCAUGCAUAUGUGUUCAUGUUUAUCAAAAGUUGGCUAAAACUGUUAGUGGGAACUCAACUUUGAGCCUUGAGGAGUUGCUUGCUUCAGUAAUCCGUUCUAUGAGUGGAACCAAGAAUUUUCCUGCUGGAUCAAAUUGUAGAGAUUUUGUGAUCUCUCUUGGAGAGUUUAUUUACAACCAGCUAAUAGGCCUAGAUGAGUCUUCUACCAACAACAAUGUUAAUUGGGCAACUAUGCCAACUCUUAUCGCUUUAAGAGAUGAAUGUGGAAGUAGGUCAGAAUCAAAGAAUUUUCCAUUAAGGGUAUCAAAUCAGAACUUGAGGAUUAAGGAAGGAGAAGUUUUAGGUUCUACUGAAGAUGAAGAUGAGAAAUUGGCAAGACUUUUGCAGGAAGAGGAAAAUUGGAAGGCUAUGAGGCAGCAAAAAAGCCAUAGAGCAGCUACAAACACUAAAAAGAACAUCUACAUAAAAAUCAAUGAGAUAGAGAUUGCUAAUGAUUAUCCAUUGCCUGCCUAUUACCGACCUUCCAACCAUGAAAUGGAUGAAUACUUAUUUUUUGAGAGUGAGAACAAUAUGUCAUAUUCUGAUCUUCCUAGAAGGAUUCUUGACAAUUGGGCUCUCUAUAAUUCUGACUCAAGGCUAAUCUCUCUGGAGCUUCUGCCAAUGAAGUCAUGUGCAGAAAUUGAUGUGACUAUUUUUGGAUCUGGUCAAAUGAGAGAGGAUGAUGGUAGUGGAUUUGAAUUGGAUAAUGACCUAGGUCUUUCUUCUUCAAGCCGUUCUAACCAUGCAGAUAUUGAAGGGGUUCCAAUCUAUCUUAGUGCUAUUAAGGAGUGGAUGAUUGAAUUUGGUGCUUCAAUGAUUUUCAUCUCUAUCCGAACAGACGUUGCCUGGUACAGGUUAGGGAAACCUGCAAAACAAUAUGAUCCUUGGCAUCAACCAGUCCUGAAAACAGCCAAGCUUGCUAUUUCUAUAAUCACUUUGUUAAAAGAACAAAGCAGGGUUUCAAAACUUUCCUUUGCUGAUGUAAUUAAGAAAGUGUCAGAAUUUAGCAAAACUCAUCCUGCAUAUAUAUCAUCCAACUUAUCUUUGGUUGAGAGAUACAUUGUUGUACAUGGACAGAUUAUUCUUCAGCAGUUUGCUGAGUAUCCUGAUGAAACAAUUAGGAAGUCUGCUUUCAUAAUUGGACUUUCUGAGAAUAUGGAGCAAAGAAGCCAUACAAAACUCAUAAUGAAGAAAAAAGCUCUGUUAAAGAAGGAAGAAAACUUGAAUCCUUGUGCAGCAAUGGGACCUACUUUAUCCAGCAGAAAAGUAAUGCGUGCUACAACAACAAGAUUCAUCAAUAAAAUUUGGGGAGACUACUACUUGAAUUUUUUCCCUGAGGACUCUACUAAUGGGGAUGCACAUGAGCCUGUAGAAAUUGAAGGAGAGCUGGAGGACAAUGAAGAUGAUGAAGUAGAAGAGGAGAAUGCAUUGGUGUUGGAUCAACAACCCACAAAGCCUCAUUCAACCUCACACUCUUCUAAGCUUCAUAAGGAAAUCCAAUGGGAGGGAAAACCUAAUGGGAAAAUGGAUUCUGGGGAGACUCUUUAUCGUUGUGCGAUUGUCCGUGGACAUGUUAUAGAAAUUGGUGGAGCAGUAACUAUGGAAGCUGAUGUAAAUGAUGAGCCAUCUUUAUUGUUUGUGGAAUACAUGUUUGAGAAACAUAAUGGUGUCAAAAUGGCUCAUGGAAGGGUGUUGCUCAAAGGCUCCCAGACUAUCCUUGGAAAUGCAGCUGAUGAGAGAGAGUUGUUCCUUUCAAAUGACUGUAUGGAAGUUGAACUAGGGAAUAUUAAAGAAUCCAUAGUAGUUGAUAUCCGUUUACGGCCCUGGGGACACCAGUACAGAAAGGAUUAUGGCAAUGCUGAUAAGAUCGAUAGAGCAAAAGCAGAGGAGAAUAGACGGAAAGGACUGCCUAUGGAGUUCUAUUGCAAAGUCUUAUAUAGCCCUGAGAGGGGUGGUUUUUUUGUUCUUCCUCAUCACAGUAUGGGCCUUGGAAAUGGUGUUUGUGACUCUUGCAAAGAAAAGUCCUUGCAGAAAGAUGAUUUCAAAUUGAGUUCCAAUUCUAGCUUUGUCUAUAAGAGGAUUGAGUACACUGUUCAAGAUUUUCUUUAUGUCAGACCUCAGUUCUUUGACAGUGAAGAACAGGAGGAUCUUGGGACUUUUAAAUCUGGCAGAAAUGUAGGACUAAAGGCCUAUGUAGUGUGCCAAAUUCUUGAAAUUCCAGUGUCCAAGCAACAUACAUUAAAAUCAGCAAAGGUGAAAGUAAGAAGGUUUUAUAGACCAGAAGACAUUUCAUCAGAAAAAGCCUACAGUUCUGACAUUAGAGAGGUGUACUAUAGUGAAAAUGUGGUCUCUGUGCCUGUUGACAUGAUUGAAGGAAAAUGUGAAGUUCGGAAGAAGAUUGAUGUUUUAAGUUUUGGUAUACCUGUGCUUGAUGACAUAUUCUUCUGUGAAUAUUGUUAUGAUCCUGUUAAAGGAACUCUCAAACAGUUACCUGCCAACAUAAAGGUAUCGUCUUUGAAAAUAAAGGAAGACCAAAUUGCCUAUCGAAAGAAAAAGGGCAAGGAGAAGUGUGGAGAUGAAUUUUCUGCAAAAUUGACUGAUGUGUCUCGGGAAAAUCAUUUGGCAACUCUUGAUAUUUUUGCUGGAUGUGGUGGCUUGUCUGCAGGACUUCAGCACUCUGGUGUUUCAUAUACAAAAUGGGCCAUUGAAUAUGAAGAGCCUGCUGGUGAAGCAUUUCGCUAUAAUCAUCCUGAAGCCUUGAUGUUUGUAGAUAAUUGCAAUGUUAUUCUCAGGGCUAUUAUGGAGAAAUAUGGAGAUUCAGAUGAUUGUAUCUCAACGUCUGAGGCUGCUGACUUGGCUGCUUCACUUGAUGAGGAGAAGCUUAAAAAUCUACCAAAGCCAGGCGAAGUAGAUUUCAUCAAUGGAGGGCCUCCAUGUCAGGGAUUUUCUGGGAUGAACCGGUUUAAUCGGAGCACGUGGAGUAAAGUUCAGUGUGAAAUGAUUUUGGCCUUCUUAUCAUUUGCAGAAUAUUUCAGGCCCAAGUUUUUUCUUCUAGAGAAUGUUAGGAAUUUUGUGUCUUUCAACAAAGGACAGACAUUCAGAUUGACUCUUGCGUCACUUUUAGCUAUGGGUUAUCAGGUAAGGUUUGGUAUCCUGGAAGCAGGAGCCUAUGGUGUCUCCCAAUCAAGAAAGAGGGCGUUCAUUUGGGCUGCUUCACCAGAAGAGACUCUUCCAGAAUGGCCAGAACCUAUCCAUGUGUUUGCUACCCCUGAGCUUAAAAUUUCUAUGCCUAGGAAUGGGUAUUAUACUGCCGUCCGAAGCACAGCUGGAGGAGCUCCUUUUCGUUCGAUUACUGUUAGGGAUACAAUUGGUGAUCUUCCACCAGUUGCAAAUGGAGCUGCCAAACCGACAAUUGAUUACGGGAGUGAGCCCAUAUCAUGGUUUCAAAAGAAUAUCAGAAGUGGCAUGUCGGCUCUAAAUGACCAUAUAUCAAAGGAAAUGAAUGAACUCAAUUUGAUAAGAUGCCAACGUGUACCAAAAAGGCCAGGUGCUGAUUGGCGUGAUCUACCAGAUGAAAAGGUUAAACUGUCCACUGGACAAAUGGUUGAUUUGAUACCUUGGUGCCUUCCGAACACAGCAAAGAGGCACAAUCAAUGGAAGGGGUUGUUUGGUAGGUUGGACUGGGAUGGCAACUUCCCGACUUCCAUCACAGAUCCCCAACCAAUGGGCAAGGUAGGGAUGUGCUUCCACCCGGAUCAAGAUAGAAUUCUCACUGUCCGUGAAUGUGCAAGAUCUCAAGGUUUCCCAGACAGUUACCAGUUUUCUGGUAACGUCCAAAACAAGCAUAGGCAAAUUGGAAAUGCUGUGCCACCUCCAUUAGCCUAUGCACUCGGAAGGAAACUUAAGGAAGCUGUUGAACGAAAGCAAUCCCCAUCAGCUUAAACAUCCAUGGAGCUUCUAUACCAGUACCAAAUUAAACAAAUUUUAAAUGACCUCAAUAUUGUGGUUGUUCAAUGUUUAGGGGCUAGGGCUGCAGAAAUUAACUCUCUCCUUUUGAUCAGUCCUUUCUUAUGUCUCUUGUAAAAUUCGAAGACAUUGUUUAACAUUUUUUUAGUUAAAAAACCUGAGAAAGUUCAUUAA